GCAGCUCAGAGUGGUGAAAGUGGUGGCAGACAUUGUUGUGGUUAACGGUUCAGCUCCGGAGGAUGAGCAAAGAGAUCAGCCACCUGUGAUGAUCGGAUAACGGGUCGGGUCUGGACCGGGUUCGGUUCCGUUUUUCAGCCUCCAAAGAAAGAUAACAAAGAACAAUUUAAAGAAUAAGGAAUACCGCGUCGCCUUCAGGAGAAAACGCUGCCGCACCGCGAGCGGAGACCUGACUUCAUUCAGCCCAGCCGAGCGGAACGCAGCCCAAUGAGACGACGCCACCGACGUGAAAAGAAAAAGGAAACAUCUUCAAGCUGCUGGAAUAAAUAACACUCUGUGAUCCACGGGGCCUUUGGAGGAGGGGGAAAAGGCGGCUGUUUUGUUGGACAAUACGCCGCAUGGAGAGGAGGGGAAACACGGACUGAUGUGCUCCUGGAGGAGGCCUCUGGGAAACAGAAUGACAGACUGACAUUAACUGCUGCAUCUUCACACACGACCUCAUUAGGGCAGUAAACAACUAAAGGGCAUAUUUUAAAGUCAGGGCGCUUUGAAGAAAACCGUCUAAAUAAGGACUUUCACACAUGUUUCUGCCUGCCUGUUUGCUCCGGAGCUCGUGACAUCUGGACCUCGGUGGAUGAAGAUGGGGAUGUGAGAGGACCUCUCUGCAUUAAACAGCCACGGGUCUAUUCGCUCUCAGGGACGCGUAGUUUCUGUGUUUUCUUUAGUCUAAAAUGGGCAGCGAGGGGGAGGUGAUCAACAGGGAGCUGUCGAAGGUUUCUGAUGAAGACCUGCUGGAGUGCACCAAGGAGGAGCUGGUCAGCCGGCUGCGCAAAGAGGAGUCGGAGAAAAUCGCGGCUCUCAUCCAGCGCGGCCGUCUGAUCAAGGAGGUGAACAAACAGCUGCAGGGACACCUCCUGGAGAUCAGGGAGCUGAAAGUCAUCAACCAGCGCCUGCAGGAGGAGAACGUGGAGCUGCGGGACCUGUGCUGCUUCCUGGACGACGACCGGCUCAAAGUGAAGAAGCUGGCGCGGGAGUGGCAGCUGUUCGGGCACCACGCCGCCAAAGUCAUGCGCGAGGACCUGGGCGGCUACCUGAAGAAGCUGGCCGACCUGGAGCGCAUGCAGGACGGCCUGGUGAAGGAGAACCUGGACCUGAAGGAGCUGUGCCUGGUCCUGGAGGAGGAGUGCGUGAGCAGGAGCGACUCCAGCCCCGGCGGGUCCACGGAGCUCAACCUACCCUGCAUGGUGGCGCGGGAUCUCGGGGAUGGGAGCUCCAGCACGGGCAGCGUGGGCAGUCCGGACCAGCUGCACCUGGUGUGCUCGCCUGAUGACUGACGGCAGGUCCAGCAGGAAGGCCUGAAGAGAAGGACGUGGACUAGUUAGUGGUGGAGACCAUAACACACUAGGGCUUUCUGAUUGCUGCAAAAUAUGUUUGCCACAACAGGUUUUUUUGACUAAACAAAACAUUUCAGGACCUUUCGAAGACUUUUAAUAGAUGUUGCCAGAUGAAAAUCUAAAUUUUACAGUGUUUUCUAAUGAUUCUGUAUCUCCUUUUUCAGUGCUCGGCUGGGGGACCAAAUAAGUGGGUCACAUAUAUAAAUUUAUCUCAUGCACUGGACUAGCCAACACUGUUCGAAGCCUUUUUUUCUAUAUUGCACUGGAGAGCAUUAUCUUGGAUCUUUAAAGGCACUCAUUGAAAAAUCAUGCAUCGAAAUCUACGCUUUUUGUCAUAUGUCCUUAAAUUAAGAAUUUGUAAGCGAAGUUUCUAAAUGGCUGCCAACUUUUGUUUACUUACAGCUGGAGUGACUAAAAAUAGAUCAACAGUGUCCAUGGAGGAGCCACUUUGGAUUGAGAAGUGUGGCAGGUUAGAUGUGUUCAAGUAACGUUUGCAGAUAAAAAGACAAAUCAGGUGAGCGCUAUUAUUUUUGGCAUCUGUUUUUAGGUACUUUCCCGAUUCCACCAUAUUUGUUAACCAUCACAGAUUAUGGCCGACCUAAUCUUGGCGAUAAUCGCGUGACUCAAGCUUUCACGUGGUUUUCAGCCUUUGUUUACACUGACUGCAUACCUGCAUUUCAGAAUUGCUCAUCAAUAUAUCUGGGAAAACUACUGGAGUAAACUCUUUCUAAAGUUCAGGAUGACCUUUUUUAUGUUGGAUUUCAUUGUUUGCAAUGAGUACCUUUACAUCAAAGAUCCAAGGAUGAAUUUGAAUCCAGUUUUGAGCCAUAUUUUAGUCCACUGAACUCCAAAGAGCACUGACGGGGUUGUGACAAACACAAGAUUAUUUAGAGUCUUUUGCUAAGGAUGCCCUGUUUAAUAAAUAUUUUAUGCACUCACUUCCUCAGGACAGGAUCGGAGUGACAUACAUGCAUGAUGGUUGUUGCCGUUUUUACAGCGUGUUCAUUUGGGGAGUUAAACCUUACUCAGAGCUGUAAAUAAAAUAAAGAUGAGUCACUUCUUAAGAAAGGAAACUCCAACUGGAAACUCUUUGUAUCAAACUGGAAGGUCUAAAACAUUGAAAUGAUUUUUAUUCUCUUGGAGCCACUGAUUCCACUCCUUUGACUUUUUUACGAUGUUUAGUUCACAGUUUUUUUUUUCUUCUCUCUAUCUUCUGUAACUUUGUAUUUAUUCUGUGACUUUAUAGGGAUAAUCUGAUCUUUGGCCCUUCUUUAUCUGUAUUAUAUAGCAUUACUAACCAUUUUCUGUUUAAACCUGGAUUAGAGGAGAUUUAUUUUGUAGUCAGUUGUUCAUUGGUGCUCAUAUUGCACUGGAGGAGCUUUAAAUACAGUGGGUAUAUGACACCCUGCGCUGUUCUGACCUUUCUUUAUGUGUUGCAGAAACAAACUUUCACACGUAUGAUAUGACAGAUUGAUUUGACCUUAAUAUCUGAACCGGUUUCACUCGAUUAAUGGCGCCUGCAUGUCAGCUUGGAUGAUUUAGCAGGAGGUACACUUUAUCUGUUUUGUAGCCGAGAGUCGGGGAGCAGUCAAUAGAGUUUUCCAGUGAAACGUUGCCCUCAUCAAACACUUUUACUCACUGCCUUGAGUGAUUGUCAACGUCAUUGAUUAUUCUAACACCUAAUUUCUUGGUUAACUAAUAUCCUCUGUCGAAGAUGCCCCGUGCAACAGUUUUCCUCACGAUAAUGUUUUGUCCCGUCUGUUUGCAUGAGCCACAGAAUCUAUUUUGAUGAAACUUGCAGAAAAUAAUGAUUUAAUGUAAAACAGAUUUUUUUUUUUUGGAGUGAACUUAAUUCAAGAUGGCCGCCACAGCCGACCAACCUACGACAACAUAAAAAUAACAAUAACUCUGUCAGUUUUUGACACUUUACAAAAUGGCAUGUUAUUUUCAUGGUUUGAGCAAAACAGCUACAACUCUGUCAUUUCUCAACAUCAGUGUAAAACUCUGACGUAAGGAGGAUAUGCAUUCCUUUUGUUAUUGUUUUAAAUCACUGCUUCAUAAAGAAUACAAGACAUCA